CAGAGAGAGCCUCAGAGAGGGGCGGGCACGCCGGGAAGGGCAGACUGGGCCUUGGGAAGAGGAGGAGCCGUUGGGUAGAAAGGGAGGGGAGGUGGAUUUGCGUGAGUAGAAUGGCGGUGUAGGCAGGGGGAAAGAGGAAGGGCCAAGCUCUGAAGGCAGAACUAGGGGUUUCCGGAAGGCAAUCUUUGGGGAGGGGAAGGUAAAGAUUGGGUCACGUGAUAAUCAUAUUACGAAAGUCCCACUUCCCUCUUGUGUUAUAAUAGUUAAGGGGCAGAUAAAGCAGUGAAGGCUGGAUUUCAGGUGAGACAGUGUGAGAGGCAGUAGGAGAGUUCAGCUCUGUGAAUAUUCUGUCACUUUUGUGUCAAACUGAUUAGUGGGGCCGACACAUGUAUUCCGUCACGUUUAUAUGCCCUGGCGCAAGCUUGCAGUCCGGCCUGAGACAAAUCUGAACCUCACUGAGCGAAUUGUUUCACUGUCACUGCAGAGGACCCUUUGGCCGUACAGUGUGUUACCGCCUGGGCGCUUAUUCAUAUGUUUACCCACCAUUUAUUACCACGCCCGGGCUGGGCUCUCACUUCGUGGUGGGAAUUGGUUGGAGACAAGUUGGACACCACGACGACGACAGUGCCGCUUUGCGGGACUUAAAAGAAGAAUCUUUUUUGACCUGACCAUGGCAAGUUGUCAGCCAGACUCUCAAUCUGAUAAUGACUCUGAGGCAUGGCAAAGACUAACUAAGAAAGAAUGGACUGAGAGACUUAUUGAGAUGAUGAGAACAGCACAACUGAGAGACAAUGUGGAUGAUCCCUGUUUUCCUAAUGACCCAAGCAGGAGACAGAUGUCCCAUAGUGAAAAUCCAGCUGAGGAAGUUCAUCAUAGACAACAAAAUCUUGAUUGGUGUCAAUGUAAAAAUUGCGUUCUAAUGCCCACAGUCAAAGAAUGCAUUUGCUGCAAAGAAAUCCCAAACGUUGUCACUUUGAUGGGUCCCGCGAUCACCUGUAUUGUUGAGAAUCCAACAUUUAUUGAACGCUGCCUCAAAGAGGAUUAUGUUUAUUUUAUGUUGCGAAUGGUGAAGAAUUUGAAGAAGCAUCCCAGUGAUGAUGAAUAUCAUAGGUACCUACGUAUGACUGCUUACCGUAGUUUCACAAUUUGGGUUCAUUACUUCUUGGGGAAAAAAAAACGCAGACCAAUCCCUUCCUGUGUAGUAAAGGCUAUACGCACAGCUUUCCCUGAUUCAUAUGGUCUGUACCGUGGAUUUGUUCCGUUGGAAGAUUAUCCUGCAGUUGAUAUGGCAGAAGACUUGGACUUUGUGGUCUUAUAAUAUGUUUUUAUGUUUGCCAAGUUUUAGGUGACUACAAGAACAAAGUAAAACAAGGGCGUACUCCCCUAGUGUAAUUCUAAACAUUAAUACCAAAACAUUACAGUGUAUUAAAGAUAUGACAAUAUAUUAUACUGUUGGCCUGCACUGGUAAAACUAGUGUGUUUGCUUUAGACACUCUACUGUAAUUUAUAUAAGCAAGCUGAUGUGUAGUCACGGGGGCAGCGAUUCAUGCACAGGACACUCAGUCAAUAACAGAUUAUUAUAAAUUCCAUUGUAUACUACAGAGCAUAUAUGUUAUCUUCUGAGUAUCCUGUGCCUUUUUCAGCUUUGAAUAGCUGCCCCCAUGACUACACAGCAGUUAUGUUAUAUCAUGUUAAAGCAACAUGUUAUAUCAACUAUUUUAGAGUUUCAACAGCAAUUACAUCUGUUUUACUAGUAAAGCAUAUUUUUUUGUUGUUCUUAGCCUAGUUAUAUUGGCCAAUUUUUAUGAUAUAUACAAGUUUUUUGUGGCUUGCUUAUUUUAAUUUUUUUGGAUAAAAAAUAAAUUACCAAAAAAAAUGUGUAAAAAAAUUUGCUAUGAUGUGUCUAUCAUGGACAUGUAUGUCCUCUGUUACUGAAUAUAUUAUAAGGUUCUGAACAUUAUACAAAAUGUAAUUGAGAACAAUUACAAUGUUGCCCUUGAAAAAUGUUUUAUGCUGAUCAAAAAUAAAACACAUUUGUACUUUUAAGAACUGUU